UAACCCCGCGCGCAGUCCCGGCGCAAGAAGAAGAGGAGGAGGAAGAGGAGGACAGAGCGCGCGCUGGAGGUGACACCUGUCAGUCCGUUUCCAAACAUCUACCGGGUUGUUUAAAGAAAAAGAGAGAAAACCUGAGACCACCCGAGGACCCGCGGGAUUAACCGAGGUGGACAUAGAGGCUGGCCGCACAUACCGCCGCUGUUUGCCGCUCGGGGGAGAGACGGACACGGAGUGGAGACAGGAGCGUGUGGCGGCAGCGUUAUGACAAGACGUGCCCGAGUUAAAGUGGAGGAGUUGACGCAGGUUGGAUGUCGAGUGACUGCCGGAGAGAGAGAGGAGGAACGGGACUUUAUCUGAGGUUGGUGCUCAGUGACACUCGUCCAGCUUUCCUGCUGAAGCAAACAUCACUGACGUCCACCUUCAGGAUAACAGACAGCAGCCCGCUUCACUAAUCUGUGGGCGAUCUUUUCACAUCAAGCCACGUGACCGACCAUCAUCACAGCGCAACUGAGGACUACAGACAGAAAACACUCUCAUUAGGCUUCACUGCGUCACAAGUGGAUCUGUCUGAAGUGACAAAGAAGCCAUCAAACAUUUAACAGAGGAAAAGAGCCCUACUCUUGUAUUCAGAAUCAGGUCAACCUCUCCAUCACAGCCUCUACACGUGCUCACUACUAUCACCAAACUGUGAAAUUUAUGUUGUCAUAAUUGUGACAAUACAACAAAUAAUAACAAGACCUUUUUACUGGAUUUUUGAGAGCACUGGAAGCCCCACGUACUCUCAUCCCACUGCUCAUUAAUUAAGACCAGGACCUGGCAAUUCAAAGCAAGCGUAGAACGACCAUCCCGAUUUUUGCAUGACCCACUGAUUGCAUGAAUAUCCAGGAUUACAUUUGACUUCGAAGAAGGACCCCUUGAGCCCCCAACCAUCUUCUGGCUGUCUCCCAGACUGUAGCAUUUGGGUGUGGAGGAGUUGUUUCAGAAUUAGGCCUCUGGACACCCAUUGAAGAUGACUUGAGUUGGCAGGCAUAAAACCCCUUACCAAAAAAGAAAAAAAAAAUACCCAGAGAGAGAGAGGGAGCUUGGCAGCAGGACACACAAACACAAAUGUGGGUGCCGGGGCGGCUUUGAGCCAUGCUGGUGUCUCUGCUCGUGGAGCCCUGGAGUACAGGCUAUCAUCAUCCCUAUCAUCAUUCACCCAAGCUGAGGAAGAUUCAACGGCCCGAAGGAACGAGGCGACACUUCUGAACAGUUCAAAGAAUCUGAGCUUACACACAGAGAUCCAGAGCGACGUCCUCCAUCACACAUACAGACACUCUCACGCUAAACCUUGAUUCCGAAAAAACAAAACUGCAGCGGCGGACGUGAAAGGCACAGAGACUGAGCAGGAGCUGUGUACCAACAUGGCAGCUGAGAGUCUUGCUGAGCUCCGCGACUGGCUCUUUCUGCUUCUCCUGUGCCUCACCUUAUUGGCUGAGGUGCUGGAACUGGCGGCAGCGGCAAUUGCCAUGGAGACGGGCGAGGGAGAUGAGGGCAUUGUUUGUCCCUCAGUGUGCCGCUGUGAUGAGGGCUUUAUCUACUGCAACGACCGUGGCCUCAGCCUAAUUCCUCCACUACCGUUAACAGCUGCCAUCCUCUACUUGCAGAGCAACCGGCUGAGUAAUGCCGGACUGCCUCCCUCACUGGAACGUAGUAAUUCCAUACGAGUAAUUUACCUGUAUGCUAACCAAUUGGAUGAAUUCCCUUUACACCUCCCACCUUCAUUACGAGAGCUCCACUUGCAGGAUAAUAAUAUACGAACGUUACCGCGGUCAAGUUUGGCCAAAUUACCAUUGCUAGAACGUUUACACCUGGAUGAUAACUCUAUAUCUACGGUUAGCAUCCAGGAGAGAGCUUUUUCGGGGACUCCGCGGCUUCGACUGCUGUUCCUGUCUCGAAACCACCUGUCAAGCAUCCCUGCGGGCAUGCCAGCUUCCUUGGAAGAGUUGCGACUUGACGACAACAGAAUCAGCACCAUCCCCACACAUGCCUUCCGGGGGCUUUCCUCACUGCGGCGCUUAGUCCUGGAUGGGAACCUGUUGGCCAACACACGCAUUGCAGAUGACACCUUUUCCCGUCUCUCCAACCUGACGGAGCUGUCGCUGGUCAGGAAUGCCCUGCAGUCACCACCUGUCAAACUGCCUUCAGCUCACCUGAUAAAACUCCAUUUGCAAGACAAUGGAAUGACCCACAUACCAAGGGGGGCACUUGAUGGGAUGCGGCGGCUACAGAGGCUGGACCUGUCAGGAAACAAUCUUACCAGUCUCCCCCGAGGACUUCUGAAGGACACAGAAAGCCUUGAGAUGCUACUAGUGCGAGGAAACCCCUGGUACUGUGGUUGCAACCUUCGCUGGCUACACGCCUGGCUGCACAGCCGGGGGGCAGGAGUGACAGUCAGAGGUCUGACCUGUCAAGGGCCUGAGUCUGUAAGGGGCCAGAUCUUGCGAGACCUAAAUGACCUGAUGGAGCAGUGUGAAGGCCCUCCUGUUGGUCCCAGCACUGGAGUCGGGGUGAACCCAGCAGAAAAAGAUGGAGGAAGUGAAGAUGGUGGAGGCGGCCAAGCAGUGGCUUCUGAGCCACAUGGCAGCACCACCACUUCCUCUCUGUUGGUCUCCACACAAGGUUCCCUCUUUACCCUGCGAGCCAAGCGGCCGGGCAUUGUUAUGCCUCUGCCUCCCAGUGAAGGAGGACAUAUAUCUGGCGAGGCCUUGGAGCUGACUGUAAAACCUCUCUCUUCAGACAGUGUACUGGUCAGUUGGCUGUGUCCACAACCAGUACCCUCCUUCCGCUUGUCGUGGCUGAGAUUGGGUAGCAGUGCAUCUCUUGGUUCAAUAACGGAGACUUUGGUUCCUGGGGAGAGGACACAGUACCUCCUUAACCAGCUCAGCCCACACUCACAUUACCUCAUCUGCCUGCUGCCACUACGACAAGAGCACUCAUUUGGGGGUUCUAGCAUGGGUUCAUCUCGAUCUGGCAGCAUGGACACGGACAGUAAAGACUCAGCCCCUGCCUGUGCUCAAAUAGAGACUGGAGAUGCUCUGAUUAGCUCAGGAGGGGAGGGGUCAGAUAAAGAUGGCCAGGACUCAGAGAUAACAGCCCUGCCAUUAGCUGGGAUCAUAGGGGGUGCUACAGCUUUGGUAAGCCUGUUGUUGAUAUUUGGCAUCUUCUGCUGGUAUGGACAGAGGGCAGGUUACAAGUCCGGGGACUCGGGCUCAUACAGCAGGGGCCGAGGUGGAAAAACUUAUGAUGACUAUGUAGAAUCGGGCACGAAGAAAGACACUUCCAUUUUAGAGAUUAGGGCCCCUCCUCCAGGGUUUCAGAUGACAACUAUGGCCCAUCAGCCACUGCAACCGAAGCUGGAGGACGUCACCUAUAUCCACACCAUUUUCCCCUCCUCUUCUUCUUCCUCCCAAGCUAACGGGACCUACCGGAGCACCCUCGGGGCUGGCAGCCUAAAUGGCACCAUUCUCAGCCAAACCAGCCACCAUCAUGUCACUUACGGCACCAACCGGGGCUACAGAGAUGGUGGUAUCCCCGACAUAGAUUAUGCCUACACGUGAUGAUACAGGGACACUGUCCUUAAGCCAUGUAUGCCAGAGGUCCCAUUUAGGAUGACGACCCUUGGCUAUUGGCCAUUUUGUCCUUGGUUUCCAAAGUACCCUCUGUGCCUCUGCUGGUUCAAUUCUGAUUGGUUUGUUUAGUAGAAAAGCCUGAUUUUAGCAAUGCUGAUUGGGCAUUGCUAUUGAGUGAGAGAAAUUACUGUCCUGCUAUACUCUGCUACUGUAUACAACAAUAUACGGUAGGCCUUUUCAGCUCUACUUAUAGUUAUGAAUGGUUACGUUUUCUCUUUUGGAUAUCUCAGUGUCUUUCAAGUUCUUCUAAGCUCAUAAUAUUACACAGUAACUUAUUUGAGGUUGAUAUAGUAGGCUUAGCUGAUUUAGCAGGAGAUAUAUUUAUUAUAUGAGGAAAAGGCACUUGAUGUGUAUAGCGAUAGCUCUCGUAUCUCCCUACCAACUGUAAGCUCUGUGCUGUAUAGAUAAAAAGGAUAACAGAGGGAGAAUUCAAUGGUUGUUAUAACCCACAGAUGACAAUGCAUCAUGGUUGACAUGAAAAGAUGUGUUUCUAGUCCCCUCCGUUCCCCUGCUUUUGAAUUUGUUCUCCUUUCUGUCCCUUUUUUUUUGGCUGAGACUCUUUCCUUUUAUUGCUCUCAUGUCUGUCGUUAGCAGAGGACGACUUUGUUCUCUCCAAGGGAGCUGACAGAAGUGAUAACAGUCCUGACAGAGACUGGAGACACAAACCACAGCAUGGGGAGACUAAUGAGAGGGAGAGAGAGAGAGA